GCCCUGUGAAUUUGUGGUUACCCACGUUGUGUACACUUACAACAACAAUCCCACUGAACAUAAACCCUAAUCAGAGCCACUCCUCGUUACUGGAAACAGAACUUUAAUCACUGCAGGAGAUUGACAGGGAACUGAGUGCCCUCACCCAGUGAACUCGCCAUCGAUGGAUGACUGUCCGAAAGAUAUCUGUGCGGUUACAGACUCUUCGACGGAAGGGGUCCCGGCUUCACAGCCGCCUUCGGACCCGGAUGGAACUACUCAACGUUCACUGGAAGAGUUAGUAGCUCGAGCCAUUGCACCAGUAAAGCGAGAGUUUCUUCGACCUCCACCAUCCUCUAGAACCACCCAAAACAACCCCGCCUCUGACGCCAACGUCAAGCAACCUCAGGCAAACCUUGUCCAGGAAAAGAAAUCGAAGCGGCAACUCAAACGAGAGCGUCGUCAGGAGCAAAAAUCUCCUUUGAAUCUAUGUCCUGAGAUAGCAAAGACGGGAGAUGUCAAUGCAUGUUCUUAUAAAGAUAAAUGUCGUUUCAGCCAUGACAUUGAAGCCUUUAUGGCUCAGAAACCAGCUGAUCUAGAGGGUGACUGCCCAUUUAUAAAAGCUGAUGCACCCUGCCCUUAUGGUUUAGCCUGUAGAUUUGCAGGCACGCAUAAGGAUAAUGCUCCCGCUGCUACUUCUAAUUUAUUGAAGAAAAGCUCUGAAGUCAAUGGACUAAACAAAGAUGUUCAGAAGCUUUUGUGGAAAAACAAAAUGCGCUUUACUAAAGCGGAUGUUGUAGUUAAAUCUCUUGGACUAGCGGGGCCCAACUGGAAAGUAAAGAAGCUGGUAGAUAAGGAGGAAGAUGAAGUUGGAUUAGAUGGUUCUCAUGCUGCCGAUAAGACCGAUUGCAAAAAGGUGGUUGAUGAUUCAGUUGACUGUUCUGAGUGUCCUUCAACAUUUCCAGCAGCAGUUAAUGCUGAGGAGGCAUGUGAAACUGAUGAGUUGAGACCCUUGAAGAAGGCAAAGUUAGUGGUUGAUGAAAAGAGCUCUGAUGAAGGGGAAGGUGCAACUGUUUUGGAGAAGGAUAAUGAAAAAAAUUCUGCUGAAACUGAACCGGCAGAUAAUGUACUUGCAGAACCUGAUAGGAGCCCCAAGAUAUCUAAUUUGAAAGAUGCGACUGUUCUUGAGAAGUAUAAUGAAAAAAAAUCUGCUGAAACUGAACCAGCUGAUGAUGUACAUGCAGAACCUGAUAAGAGCCUCAAGAUACACCCUCGUGAAAAGAUGCUUAUUGAUUUUAGAGAGAAGUUGUAUCUUGCUCCUCUAACCACAGUUGGGAAUCUUCCUUUUCGUAGGGUUUGCAAAACACUGGGAGCAGAUGUGACGUGCGGUGAAAUGGCAAUGUGCACCAACCUUUUGCAGGGUCAAGCUUCAGAAUGGGCUCUGCUGAGGCGACAUUCAUCCGAGGAUUUGUUUGGAGUCCAGAUAUGUGGGGCAUAUCCUGACACUAUAGCACGUACUGUUGAACUUAUAGAAAAGGAGUGUACAGUGGACUUCAUUGACAUUAAUAUGGGGUGUCCAAUUGAUAUUGUUGUUGAUAAGGGUGCUGGAUCUUUUCUUCUCACAAAACCAUUACGAAUGAAAGGAAUCAUUCAAGCAGCUUCUGGCACUGUAGAUAAACCUAUAACUGUUAAGGUGAGAACAGGUUAUUUUGGAGGUAAAAACCGCAUUGAUUCGCUAAUUGCAGAUAUUGGCAGUUGGGGUGCUACUGCAUUGACAAUACAUGGUCGAUCACGUCAGCAACGCUACAGUAAACUUGCUGAUUGGGAUUAUAUAUACCAGUGUGCUCAGAAGGCCCCUUGUACAUUGCAAGUUUUGGGUAAUGGAGAUAUUUUCUCAUAUUUAGAUUGGAACAAUCGUAAAACUGACUGCCCUGAGCUUUCUACGUGUAUGAUUGCUCGAGGGGCAUUGAUUAAGCCUUGGUUAUUUACUGAAAUCAAGGAACAGAGGCACUGGGAUAUCAGUUCUCAGGAGCGGUUGAAUAUUCUGAAGGAGUAUGUACGUUUUGGCCUCGAACAUUGGGGAUCUGACAAAAAGGGUGUGGAAACAACUAGGCAUUUCUUGUUGGAAUGGCUUAGCUACGCAUGUAGGUAUAUUCCUGUUGGUCUUUUAGAUGUCAUCCCCCAACGUCUGAAUUGGCGACCUCCCUCAUACUAUGGACGAGAUGAUCUUGAGACGCUAAUGGCCUCUGAUUCUGCAGCUGACUGGAUCCGUAUAUCUGAAAUGCUGCUUGGCAAGGUUCCAGAUGGUUUCACAUUCGCACCAAAGCACAAAUCCAAUGCUUAUGAUCGUGCAGAAAAUGGCUAAUUUUGUGCCAUUUAUUUAAUAUUACUGCAUUUUUAUGAAUGCGAGUCUUUUGGUUUGCAGAUUAUGUUUUUAAUUCCUUAGGUUUAUUUAAUUGCAGAAACCGUAUUGAGGUGAUAUCACUAUCUUUCAAUUUUGUAGUGAAGUUAGCGGUAUCUGAUACUAGCUCGUGCUGCUAUCUAGCUUCUAUUAUUCAAGGGAGUAUGCUCAUCUUGCUCCAAAUUUAGUACCAUUUAACGACUAUAACUAUUAAAUAAUGUAAUUGUACAAGAUACUACAGAUUACAUUUUCAUUUGAAUGGAUGCUUUGUGCCACUUGUGAUUGAGUGUA